AGGAGCGUGAAAAAUUGUGUCUAAGAGUCUAGAUCUAGAUCUAGAGUCGUACUAGAGUCUAGAAUCUACAUUCUAAACUAGACGGUCACUGUAGUUGUAGUAUUAGUAGAUCUAUAUAUUAUACUUAUAUCUAUCUAGAUCUGUUGUGAAAUUUUAUUACAAAACAACCUGAACUUGAAGCAGAAGUAAAAUGGACACAUUUGACAGUUGUUCUGAUUCUGAUGAUGCACCAGAAGAGUUCAAUGUAGCACAGGUUCGACAGCACCAUGUUUCUCAGCUAAAAGAUUUUCAAGAAUCAUUGAAGAAGAGCAAGCAAGAAGAGAAGGAGAAAAGACGUAAAAGAAAUGAGCUUUUUAAAGCACAAAAAGAAAAGAAAAUUCAAGAGUUACAGAAAAGAAAACUGCCACAGGAAGUGCUGGAUGCUGUCUCUAGUAAAGCAAGUUUACCAAAAGAAGCAGGUAAAGUGAUAGCGAAAACUCACGUUGACGAAGAAGUUACAGAGGAUCUCAUAGAUGAUGAUCUUGAUGAUCGUCUAGCUGACAGCGGAGUUGAAGAUGACAACGAGUUUGACACUAAAGCAGAUUUUAUCCCAUUGAAGGGAACUAAAAAUUUAUUUGUGGCGACUGAUGAAGUAGUCAAGAAGAAAAAGUUGACGUCUGCACAGGAAGUGUUAAACUUUAAAAACAGUCGAUUGUAUGACCAAUCUGUGAUCCCCAGAGAGAACAGUAAACAAAGAAGAUCAAAGGCAGCGAGAUUAAAAAUUCUAAGAAAUAGAAAGUGAAUAUAAAGCAAUGAAUACAAAGUUUGUAAGCAAAGGUUUUAACUUCAUUGUCAAUAAAAAAAAAAUGGAGUUUU